UACAAAUCUUUCAGAUAAUCUUUGUGAAGCUGGCGAUUCAAGGCUUGAAAAUCUUAUUAGGUCACUAAAUACUCUCUGUCUUCCAAAUUCAAUAGAAACUGAUGAAUUCUUAAAUUUUAAUGGUGAGAAGAUUGUUUACGAAGUUUUCCCAGAGGAUCAAAUCAUUAAGGAGCUAGCUUAUGUGUUCAGAAAUGAUGAAAGUGUUGAAGUUAUGGAUGAAGGAAAUACUGAGGUAAUGGAUGAAGAGGAAGACGAUAGUGUAGAACCUGCAGUUGUUAGUGGUAGUUCGGCAUUGAAUAGCUUGAAAAAUGUUUGGAUGUUUUUACUUUAG